ACGAUCCGUUUCCUCACUCCUUCCUUUCUCUCUCUGAAUAUAUAAAUCUCUCUCUCUCUCUCUCUCUAAAUUUACAUUUUGGUUGACUGAACAAUAAAUUCAUCGAUUAUCGAGGGGAAGAAGAUGGCCACGCGCUGCUGCACGCAGUAUGGAAGCAACGGCCACAAUUCACGCAGUUGCGGGGAGUCCUCGUCGGUGUCGGCCGCGUCCGGCGGUUCCGGCGAGAUCAUGCUGUUUGGUGUGAGAGUCAAGGUUGACCCUAUGAGGAAGAGCGUCAGUCUGAAUAACUUGUCUCAGUACGAGCAGCCGAAUGACGACAACAAGAACAGUGGAAACAAUGAUUCAACCAAAGCAGCAGCGGCGGCUGACGAAGGCUAUGCUUCGGCAGAUGACGCCGUUCCUAACCAGUCUAGCAGUGGCCGCGAGCGAAAGCGAGGAGUUCCAUGGACAGAGGAAGAGCACAAACUGUUCCUUUUGGGGCUGCAGAAAGUCGGAAAAGGAGACUGGAGAGGAAUCUCUAGAAAUUUCGUGAAGACUCGCACCCCCACACAAGUGGCAAGUCAUGCUCAGAAAUACUUCCUUAGACGGAGCAACCUCAACCGCCGCCGUCGCCGAUCUAGCCUGUUCGAUAUCACCACUGAAUCGGUGUCUCCAUAUUCCAUGGAUGAAGGAAAGGCUUCUCAGGAAAGUCAGGUUCCACCGGUUGUAUCACCAACAUCAUUAUCAAUUUCUGAAUCCUCCCAGAUGAAUGCAUUCCAAGGGCCGCCUAUACCCGUGACUGCCUGCCCAGUUUUCGUACCGUUACAAAAUGAGAAGCCAAUAGAAAAUCUGAUGCUUGGACGAGGAGAUCAAGUAAAUAAUGCAUCUUCCAUGUUUGUGCAGCCACUGUCCAUUCUCUCUGUGCCCAAUGCAUCAAAAAUGAUAGACCUUAACAUGAAUCAGAAUUCCACCAUGGACCCAUCAUCAUUGUCCUUGAGAUUGUCCUUGUCGGGAGAUCAGAGUCAGCCCACACACCCUGCCUUCCUGGGCAUGUCAGGCUUCAGUAAUGGAGAUAGUGUCAUCAGUGUGGCAUGAUCUGGGAAGAUGAAAGCAGAAAGGAAAAUAUUCAAAAAAAAAGAGGAAAACAAAAAAAGAGAGAGCAAGUAGGUGGAAAAUCAGGUAACUGGGCUGUGCAGUAUCUGGUGUUUUCUCUUGUACAGACAGGAAAUUUGCUAUGCCUUGCUGUACUUGUUUAAUGUUAAGUUGGUGGUAUUAUAUUAGAGCUCUGCUUAUUUAUGGUCGUUUGUAAUUCUGGAGAAAACCAAGACUUGAAUAACAUGAAUAAACCUUUGUUUGUUGCAAGUAUAA